AUGCCUCAGUUUCCCCCCCGGAGCCAAGUGCGUGGACGAAUACGUAUAUGCCAAGUUAACAUAGAAGGAUACACGAGGACAAAAGGAGACAUCCUCACAAAGCUACUAACAGAAGAAAAAAUUGAUGUGCUGACCUUGCAGGAAACACAUCUAUCAGAAGAAAAUAUCUCGAGACUUCUAAUACCAGGCUAUGAAAUUGUGGGCUAUAAAGCCCAUAACAAACACGGUAUUGCAACACUGAUCAAGAAAGAACUGGUUGAUAAUAUUGAGGAAACUAUGCACCACGAAUUUGCCGUGGGAAUCAAACUAAACGAUAUGACUGUGUAUAACGUGUACAAGCCACCUUCAGAAAAAUGGGAACAACCUGUUUUACCUAACCCACAACACCCUGCAGUCAUAAUUGGUGAUUUUAACUCCCACCACCCCAGAUGGGGCUAUCAGUCUUGCGACAAAGGACUCAUGCUGGCAGACUGGGCAGAUAUAAAUAAUUAUACACUAAUAUACGAUGCAAAAGAUACCCCCACCUUCUGUUCAGGAGCGUGGGGCACAACAUCAACGCCCGAUCUUUGUUUUGUCUCAUCUGGAGAAACUGGAAUAGCACUUCCGUCUAAGAGAACUGUACUGAGCCGUAUUCCUCGGAGCCAACACAGACCAGUUAUUAUAGACCUUGGGAUCCAAAUACCAGUAAUAAAGAGCCCCCCUAUAGCCCGCUGGAACCUCAGGAAGGCUAACUGGGUUAAGUUUAAAGAUACCAUUGAAAAUAAUGUAAACAGAAUUCCCCCAAUUCCAGAAAAUUACGACAGAUUUACGAAGUUAAUCAUUAAAGCGGCACAUAACUCAAUACCAAGAGGAGCGCGGAAAGAAUACAUCCCAUGCUGGACAAAGGAGUGCGAACAACUACUCGAUGAAUAUAACAAAACAGAGAAUCCAGAACUAGGAGAACAGCUCAUAAGAGCUAUGGACGAGGAACGCAAACAGAGAUGGCAAAAGCGGAUGGAAUAA